GAUUAAAAGUACUGUAAAAGUGUUCAUUCAAGUGCUCGAUGAAGAGGUGGGUUUUGAGUCUUUGAUCGAAGAUGGACUCUGACUCAGCUGUUCGGACAUCCGGGGAUGGUUCAUUCCAUCACCAUGUGAUGAGUGCCAGGACAGAGACGAGUCUUUAUGAGCGUCUACCUGAGGCACAAAGGGAGUGGGGUGUGAUUAAGGAAGGUGGGCCCUGGUUACUUUUUGGCUUUGUAGGCAAGCAUCAGUGUUUAAAUCUGACACGGAUUUCUACAGGAAGCCAGUGGAGGGUACGCCGCAGUGCGGUGAGGGAACUUGGCUAGGUUGAAAACAAGUUCAAGUGCAUUCUGGAUCAGUGCCAAUGUCAGAUGGUGCGCAGGAGAUCUGCCAGGAGAGAGUUACAGUAGUCCAAUCUCACAAAACAAGCACCUGAGUGGCUGGAUGUCCAAACAAGGCUAAACACAAAGAUUCUGAGAAGCUGGAACAAUUAUGAUGUAGGAGUUGCGUAGACUAGCCAACCAGUCAACUACUACAUUCACGAGUCACCACUGUUGGAAUGUCAAUUAGUCAGGGUGGUGGAAAAAACAACAACAAUCCAAUUACUUUGUUAAUCUGAAAAUAUUUCAAAGUAGAUCAAACUAAUUCUACAGUUAACCACAAAUUGUGAAUGACUGCAGUGGGCAAAGUCUUUUUAUUUUCUUUUGAUUUAAUGGAACAAUAUCACUUGGUAUGAGGAGUAAAGGUGAGCAUGGGACUGAUUUAUUCUUUUUUUUAUCUUUAUCCCACUCCCACCCGCUCAUGAAGACUGUAGUUUAACAUGAUGUUUCAACUCCCAAGCCAUUAUCAAGCUGUAAAAACCUGUAAAGAUGCUCCUCCAUGUAAAGAAGGGUGGUGCUGUAAGGAGGGCUCUGUUGAUGGACAUGAGCUUCCACGCUGCGCUGUACGAGUGCAUUUUAAGAAAUCCUCAAAGCGUCCAAUAUGAUACACAGAUUUAUUUUUUAAAUCAAUUUAUUUCAAUUCAAUUUGAUUUGUAUAGCGCUUUUAACGAUGGACAUUGUCUCAAAGCAGCUUUACAGAAAUGUAUAAACACAGGAUACAGAUUUUAAGUGUGUGGAUUUAUCCCUAUUGAGCGAGCUGGUGGCGAGGAAAAACUCCUUAAGAUGAUAUGAGGAAGAAACCUUGAGAGGAACCAGACUCAGAAGGGAACCCAUCCUCAUCUGGGUAACAACGGAUAGUGUGAGAGUAAAGGAAAGUUCAUUAUGGUUUUUACAUGAAGUUUGUUUGUUAACUAGUGCACUGUUCACUAAAGGAGACUUGAGUGGAAAACUGCGUGUUGUAAAUGCAGUCCCAAGGGCAUAGUAGCAACCGUAGUCCCAGCAACCACAGCGAGAAUGUCCAUGUGGAAUUGAGACCAAAAACCAUUUCAUGGUACUUCAAGCAGUACCAUCCAAAGCAAUCUCCAGGCUGUAGCCUCCAGUUGAUGAGAGCUCCAUCCAGAGGUAGGGCAUCAGGAUGGAUCAGACAGGUCCGGAGAGCAGAAAGGGUCAGGAUCACUGGCAUCUCCAUAAAAUCAUGUGUGGCAUGACAGAAGGAGGGAGAGGGAGUAAACAUGAAAAGUCGCAAAUACCUAGCAUGAAAUAGGGACAACAUGAAGUGUACGGUGAUGAGUUCCCAGGACUGAACCUGAGAGAUGCAAUCCAGUUUGAUCUUCCCCUUUAAGUUGGACUUGGAGGCAGAGUUUGACAAGAUUGCAGCAGAUGUAAAACAGGUGAAAAGCCGGCCAUCUGACCAGGAGCUACUGGAUCUGUAUGGCCUCUACAAGCAGGUUAUUGCUGGGGACAUUAAUAUCGAUGCACCAGGAAUGUUGGAUGUGAAAGGAAAAGCAAAAUGGGAUGCUUGGAAUUCCAGGAAAGGCAUGUCUACAGAAGAUGCCAUGACUGCCUACAUCACCAAGGCCAAGGAAGUCAUCAAUAAAUAUGGAAUGUGAUUCAUUUUAAUCACUGGAAUAGACUUGCAUGUGAGCCCAAAAAUAGUGGAUGUGAUACUUGCAGAGAUAGAUUAAAUCUUUUUAACUGUUGUGGUUAAUGUUACGCUGAUUAGCUGUUGUGUUUCUGAGUCUUAACAGUGUAAUCGUUACUGUAAGGAUAAUCUUGUUUUUGCAUGCUUUAUAAAAUAACAGGUACAUUAAAAACAUUGUUGUGA